AUGUGGUACCUCGCGAUACGGCUUGCCAGUUUUGCUUUUAUUGCGCUUGCGUCUUCGAGCGAAAAUGAGGAAAACAUUGGAAAUCAUGUGUGCUUGCCCCAAGGACUCAGUUUUCCCGGGUUUCGUGCCAACAUAUACUCUUACAAGUACCUAGAUCGCGAAUCCGCCUACAGCUUUGAUUAUUUACAGUCGGGAUACCAGUAUAACUCCAAGUUACUCAAACAAGCCUUUGGUAUCACUGAUCCUUCUUUUAGGCUUGUACACGAGGAAAACGGUGUUGCCGGCGGGCAACUUUACGGAGAAGAUAUCACAACUACAAACUUUACUCUUGAGCUUGUGGGAUACUUUCAACCAUCUCAAAGCGGCGUUUACACAAUAACUGCUAAUGAAAUUGACGAUGGUUUCUCACUGAUGAUGGGAGAAAGCGCUUUCAAAUGUUGUACCAGCAACAGCUUCACGGAACAAGAAAGUUCGGAUGGAACCGUACAGUUGACAAAGCGUGAUGAUCAGUCGGAAAAUGGAGAACCCACGACUGAUUUGCAUGGAUUUUACCAUAUGGGAGCGACUAGCGUCCAAGUGGAACUUCGUGAAGGCAUGUUUUACCCUUUGCGUUUGGUUUUUGCAAACAUGGAGAGAACCGCAAUUAUGGACCUUUCUCUCAUUUUACCUGAUGGAACAAUUAAAAACACAUUUGAGGAGGUAACGUUCUUUCCAGAAGAUGACGGUUCCAAUGGGCAGUGUGAUGCACUCGUCGUCACUGAGGGUUACACCGGAACAGUGACAUCUACAUCCACUGCAGAUGACACUACCCCUACUAUCUAUAUAUUGACGCCAACAGCCGUUUUAACGACUACACUGUACACCCCAUGGACUGGCUCCGAGACUGUUACCUACAGCACCGAGACCACCACGUUCACUGGAUCUGGCGGCGUCCCAACCACUGAGACGAUCUACUACGUCGAGACCCCAACUGCUGCCACUGAGUCCACCACCUACACUCCAUGGACCGGCUCCGAGACCUCUACUUUCUCCACCGAGACCACCACGUUCACUGGAUCUGACGGCGUCCCAACUACUGAGACCAUCUACUACGUUGAGACCCCAACUGCUGCCACUGAGUCUACUACCUACACGCCAUGGACCGGCUCCGAGACUGUGACUUUCUCCACCGAGACCACCACGUUCACCGGAUCUGACGGCGUCCCAACCACUGAGACGAUCUACUACGUCGAGACCCCAAAUGUUGGCACUGAGUCUACCAUCUACACUCCAUGGACCGGCUCCGAGACUGUUACAUACAGCACCGAGACCACCACGUUCACUGGAUCUGACGGUGUCCCAACUACUGAGACGAUCUACUACGUUGAGACCCCAACUGUUGGCACUGAGUCUACCAUCUACACUCCAUGGACCGGCUCCGAGACCUCUACUUUCUCCACCGAGACCACCACCUUCACUGGUCCUGACGGCAUCCCAACCACUGAGACGAUCUACUACGUCGAGACCCCAAAUGUUGGCACUGAGUCCACCACCUACACUCCAUGGACCGGCUCCGAGACUGUUACAUACAGCACCGAGACCACCACGUUCACUGGAUCUGACGGUGUCCCAACUACUGAGACGAUCUACUACGUCGAGACCCCAACUGCUGCCACUGAGUCUACUACCUACACGCCAUGGACCGGCUCCGAGACUGUGACUUUCUCUACCGGAACUACCACGUUCACUGGAUCUGACGGCGUCCCAACCACUGGGACCAUCUACUACGUUGAGACUCCAACUGCACCAGUAAACACCCCAACCUCUGGAAAACCUCUUUACCCAAGCUCCAGCGCUCCAGUUUCCGAGACUUACUUUUCUGUAGUGUCUUCUGCUCCAAGUCCCAGCUCUCCAGUCUCUGAGACCUCCUCGACUCCAGUGUCUUCUGUUCCAAGCUCAAGCGCUCCAGUCUCUGAGACCUCCUCGACUCCAGUGUCUUCUGUUCCAAGCUCAAGCGCUUUAGUCUCCGAAUACUCCUCGACUCCAGUGUCUUCUGUUCCAAGCUCAAGCGCUCCAGUCUCUGAGACCUCCUCGACUCCAGUGUCUUCUGUUCCAAGCUCAAGCGCUCCAGUCUCUGAGACCUCCUCGACUCCAGUGUCUUCUGUUCCAAGCUCAAGCGCUCCAGUAUCUGAGACCUCCUCGACACCAGUGUCUUCUGCUCCAAGCUCCAGCGCUCCAAUUUCCUCUGUUCCGCAUAGUUAUCCAUACUACCACAACACUACCUCUGCUGCUGGUAUUGGAUCCACCUCUUACCCAGUUUCUUUGAGCUCUACCCCAGCUACUUCUGGCUCUGCCCCAGCUACUUCUGAGACUACCCCAGCUACCUCCGGUACCCCAGCUACUUCUGGCUCCGUUCCAGCUACCUCUGGCUCUAUCCCAACUACUUCUACUUGUCAAACCAUUGUUAAAAGCGCUGUUUCUGGAACGACUACCAUUUUCACCACAACUUGUCCUGAAAGCACUUUGCCAACUACAACUGGGCCUGCACAGACUGAGUCAGUGGUCACUGUUACUGAAUCUGGCACCGUUACCUCUUACACCACUACCUGCCCUAUCACGGAAGUCGAGCCAACUACCACUGGCCCUGAUAAUGCCAAGACUGUUCUUGUCUCCUCUGUUUCCGGCACUGUGACUUCUUACACCACCACCUUGCCAGCCAGUGAAUCUCAGCCAGCUACUACUGCUCCAGCUAGCUCCGAGUCUGUUGUUGUCUCCUCCGCUUCCGGCACUGUGACUUCUUACACCACCACCUUGCCAGCCAGUGAAUCUCAGCCAGCUACUACUGCUCCAGCUAGCUCCGAGUCUGUUGUUGUCUCCUCCGCUUCCGGCACACCUGUCACUGAGUCUAUCGUGACCGACACCGUAUCGGGCACAACAACCAUCUACACCACUACAUGCCCAGUGAGCUCUGCUGUCGAAACAACCUCUCCUGGCCCAGCUAACUCUGAGAUUGUUACUACCAGCACCAUCUCUGGUACUGAGACUGUCUACACCACCACAGCUCCAUUGAGCUCUGCUCAAAAGACUGAGGCUGCUUCUCCAUCGGGUUCGCAAACAAAAUCUGUUGAAUCUUCUCCAGCUUACAGCGGUUCUUACACUACCCCAGGCGCUUCUGGUUCAUACGUCACCCAAACUCCAUCUUCUUCUCUUGAGGUGCAGUCUUCUUCCUCCGUCGCUGCCGUCUCUACUACGGCUGGCGUCUCUACCUUCGAGGGUGCUGCCAACAAGCUAAGAGCUGGUCUUCUUUUGGCUAUCCCACUAGCCCUGUUGUGA